CCUCCGGUGGGUAUAUGCGCUCGCAGAUGUCAUGUGAAACCCCGCAUGCUGGCCUUACCGCACAACUGAAGAGUCCGAGCACCGCUUAACGCACCUCUGGAAUGGUUUUGCACAGUAGUCUCCCGCUUUGACGAGACCAAACUUCACCACCGAGGAUUUUGUUUUUUUUACUCUGGUUUAUGUUUGUUUCUUCAUGACUGACGCGUUCGGGAGCGAGUCGCCACCACUAUGCGAGCCCAAAUUGAAGUCAUACCAUGCAAAAUCUGUGGAGACAAGUCAUCAGGCAUCCACUAUGGAGUCAUCACAUGUGAAGGCUGUAAGGGGUUCUUCAGGCGCAGUCAACAGAACAACGCGUCCUACUCCUGUCCCCGUCAGCGCAACUGCUUGAUUGACCGAACAAACCGCAACCGCUGCCAGCACUGUCGGCUCCAAAAGUGCCUGGCUCUGGGCAUGUCCCGGGAUGCUGUUAAGUUUGGCCGUAUGUCCAAGAAGCAGAGGGACUCUUUGUACGCAGAGGUUCAGAAACACCAGCAGAGGCUGCAGGAGCAGCGGCAGCAACAGACGGGCGAAGCGGAAGCCCUCGCCCGCGUUUACUCCUCCAGCCUCACCAACGGCCUCAGCACCCUCAACCACGAGAUUGGGGGGACAUAUGCCAAUGGUCACGUCAUAGACAUGCCCAAGGGUCAGCCGAACGGUGCUCCCGGUGGCUACUACGGCAUGGACUCCACGCAGGCCAGCCCAGAUCAGUCAGGACUGGACAUGACUGGAAUGAAGCAGAUCAAACAGGAACCCAUUUACGAUCUCACCCCUGUUCCCAACCUUUUCACCUACGGCUCCUAUCAAGACAGCCAACUAGCACCAGGAGUGUCUAUGGGGGAAUUAGACCGAAUUGCACAGAACAUCAUAAAGUCCCACCUGGAGACGUGUCAGUACACAGCGGAGGAGCUUCAGCAGCUAGCCUGGCAGACGCACUCCUAUGAAGAGGUCAAGAUGUACCAAAGCAAGACACGGGACGUGUUGUGGCAGCAGUGUGCUAUACAGAUAACUCAUGCCAUUCAGUAUGUGGUAGAGUUUGCAAAGCGCAUCACUGGCUUCAUGGAGCUUUGCCAGAAUGACCAGAUAUUACUUCUCAAAUCAGGUUGUCUGGAAGUAGUGCUGGUCAGAAUGUGCCGGGCAUUCAACCCUCUCAACAACACAGUUCUGUUUGAGGGGAAAUAUGGAGGCAUGCAGAUAUUUAAAACUCUAGGCUGUGACGACCUGGUCAGUGCAGUGUUUGACUUUGCCAAGAGUCUGUGUUCACUGCAGUUAACGGAAGAGGAGAUUGCCCUGUUUUCUGCUGCAGUGCUCAUUUCUACAGAUCGGCCGUGGUUAAUGGAGCCCAGGAAAGUGCAGAAGCUACAAGAGAAAAUCUACUUUGCCCUGCAGCACAUCAUGCAAAAGAACCAUCUGGACGAGGACGCGCUGGCCAAGCUGAUUAGCCGGAUCCCCACGCUGUCGGCUCUGUGCACUCUCCACACAGAGGAGCUUCAGGCCUUCCAGCAGCUCCACCCAGAGACGGUUAACAUGCUGUUUCCCCCCCUCUAUAAGGAGCUUUUCAAUCCUGAUGCCGCUGGCAUCAUGCCCAAAUGACCGCACACGUUCACACACACACUUCACAAAGUCUUUCAUUCAACAACCAGAGGUGUUGCAGAGGAUGAGCACUGUGUCGCAGCAUCCGCAGAUUUUGCAGCCACAACAAAAAAGAAACUCUAGGAAUGUCCUGCACUUCAAAAAUCCAAUUCAGUUUCACCGGUACAGUCAUAAGAAUGUAUAUAUGCGCCAGCAGCAAAAGGCGCCUUCCAUUUGACCAGAAAUGUACAGACUUUAGGACAAUUUAAGCUGUCUUUAAAUUGGGUAAGUUAAUUUGUUUGUUUGACUUUUCUCGCUCUCUCUCUCUCUCUUUUUUUUUUUUUUUUUUACAAAAUAUUGUUAUAUUGAAAUGAGAAGGUGGGAAGUGCAUUCAAAAUGAUAAUGUAGUCUUUCUCUAGUACAAAGCGGUAUUCCAGUAUUAAAUCUUGUUCUGUUAGUCAUAAUUUAAAAACAACAGUGGUCUGAAAGGCCCGUACCUUGUCUAUGUAAUUCUCUCGUAUUUGUUUUGUAGUUUUACCUGUACAGAAUAUGUGAAGUUGAAACUGGUAUAAGGUUAACGGGGGACUAACUUUGUUUGGCCACGUUUAAAAGCCUUGUCUGGGCUAUGUAGAUAUGUAUAAACGGCACCACAGCAUUAAUCCUACAACUAAGGAUUUUUGAAGUGGAAAAAUAAUUGAUAAUGGAUACUUUUCCAUACAAAAGUAGAGAGAUAUAUAUUUUGCAAAAAAAUUGUAUGGCCGAUUACCAUCUUGUUAGUCAUAGCUGCAAUAACAGUUUCUGUAACUGCUGAGAAACAAUCCGGUCAAAUGUGACUUUAUGGAAAGCCCUCAGAACUGCUUCGAAUCUAUUAUCCUGUUUGCUCUAAAUGCCUCAAAAUGCUGUUUUUACUGCCAGAACUAAUAUAGCACUAGUGUAGCUGAGCUGCAGCCAUCUGUCUGGGAAGACAUAAAUCUCUAGUACAUGAUCAUUUACUGCCACUGAUAAGAAGUCAAAACUAAACUCUUUUCUGCCACAUUCAUAGACUAUUCUCUGACCUUAUUCUUAACCUUAUGCUAAAUGUAAAGCACUCAUUCUUAUUUUUAACAUCAUUUCAUUAAUGCUGUCUGUGUUUUUGGCAAUGCAUAAUUCAAGAUAAAAAAUCAGUCAAAACUAAAAAUGAUGUUUUUCAAAGAAAACAGUCAUGGAAUUUAAGCGAUCAAUCGGAACACUGACGUACUUAAAAAAAAUAUAUAUGUAUAGAUUUCAGACAUUCCAUUUUUUAAAUCAUGAGUCCUGAAAGAUCACAAUCAAAUCGCAAUUCCUAUAAAUUAAGUUCCUAGUGAAUAAACGGAAAUUUCUAUUUUUCAUGUUCUUAUUUAUGUAUUUAUUCUUUAAUUUAUUUAUUAACUUUUUCAACACAAAGUGCUACAUUUAGAAAUAAAAAAGGAAUAUUCUGAUUAGGAGAUUGUCUUGGAGUUUACCUGAUUACGAAACUAUUUUAGCAAAGCAGAUUUAAAUACGACACUCUUAGACAGUCAUUCUUAAGUAACCACAUAUAAGUUUCCUGUGAAUCAAUAUUGCUGAGCAUCCUUAACUGGCUGUAAUCCACUGUUUGACAAUCAUCUUAACUAUUCAUAUUGCAGUAUAGAACAACAAAAUGCAGCUACUGUAGGAAGACUAGUAGUUCUUUGAGGGCAGUUUGGGUUUGGACCCUUCCAGUCCUAGGUAAAUCUUGUAAAGUACCACCUCAUACCACCAGGUGGAGAUACUGAGAGCGCUUUUUCCUCUUCUCUUGACCUGUACUCACAGGAUGUAAAGCCAUAUGUCAGUUUCUUAUGAAGGAAAGAACACAAACACACAAGCUAGGAGUUGACAUGUGGUUAUACUGAUCGGUGAAUUUUUAGUACGUCUUGAUGCAUUUAUAUUGUGAAAUGCACUUGAAAGCACUUAACAAUGAAUGAUUAAUAACUACAGAUGGUAUUGGUAUUUAAUACAUGCACAAAUGUAGUCUGCUGAGAAGCAAUCACACCACCUGUUCAAGUCCUCUUACUGAACCAAACGCUCUCAGCCCAAUUUUAGGGGAUGUUUCCAAGUCCUUCAGUGUCAGUUUCCUGUUCAAGACAAUCAUUUCUGGGUGCAUUUUUUUCCCGGCACCCAUCUCAGGGACUUCUCUUUUAAUGUUUUCAAUAAAAAGAGAGUACUAUUUAAAAAAAAAAUGGACAUUUUUAGGGAAUAAAAUACAAUCACAGCGGUUUCUUCACAUACAAAACCAACCCAGACAAGGCUUUGGUGUGUGUGUGUGUGUGUGUAAAGCGUAUACACAUCGUUGAGAGGUGAAACAAGCUCGACUGCAGAACAGGCCUCGUUGCACUGCGUUGCUUGUUGCACGUCCCAGCAAACAGCUCUCUCUCUCUCUCUCUCUCUCUCUCUCUGUAAAUAUCGAUGUGCAGCAGUGUACUAGCAACGGUGCCUGUGCUCCAAAUUAAAACGUUGUAAUUAUUAAGCAUCUCCUGAAAUGAAAUGGAUUUUAUGUAAGUUAGAUUAUUUAUACUGAGCAUGAAUAAGCUGCUCUCUAUCUAUUUCUAUGCUCAUUACAGAAAAUGGAUUCAGUCAGAAAUCAUUUUAAACUUAUGAUGAAGGCUUUUUUUUGUUUUUUGUAUUAGACUGUGAAUUGAGGGCGAGAGGAAUUUGUAUCUAUAUGAGAGGUUCAACACUGUUAGGUACUGUAGCAAUAACUGGAAGCAUUUACUACAGUCAUCUUUGCAUUCUAAGAUUAUUUUAAUUUUAUUAUAAUUCUAUUAUUAUUAUUAGCCUAUUGUUCAGUUAUUCUUGCAUGCCGGUUCAUAAUAAUGAAACCUUUGGGCUUUUGUGUUUUUUAUGUGUUGCUGAUGAAGGGUGGGCAAUGGGGAGGGGGUGGAGUUGGGCUCGGGCUCGUUUUAUUCUGAAUGUUUCUGGGUUGGUGUUGACGGAACACAACACACCCUGUUCAUUCUGUUCGCGCACACAGACAUAAGCACAAAGUAUUUCUUACUGUGUAGAAAUAAAAUAAUAUAAGGACACUGAAGGUCAAAACAUACUUUGCGCAAGUAUGCGUCUGCGCAUGCGUACUUUGAGUAUGUUUUGGCCCUUACAAAUGUGACCCUGGACCACAAAACCGGCCAUAAGGGUAAUUUAAUUUCUAUUUUUUAUUUUAUUUUUUAAUUGAGAUUUAUACAUCUUGGUUAAAGCUGAAUAAAUAAACUGUCCAUUGAUGUAUGGUUUGUUAGGAUAUAUUAGGACAAGAUUUGGCCGAUAUACAACUAUUUGAAAAUCUUGAAAACCAAAAGAAGUUCUUAGCAAUGCAUAGCCUAUUACUAAUAAAAAAAAAAUAGGUUUUGAUAUAUUUACAGUAGAAAAUGUACUAAAUAUCUUAAUGGACCAUGAUCUUUACUUAAUAUCCUAAUGAUUUUUAUAAUAUACCUGUGCUACUUAUGACUGGUUUUGUGGUCCAGGGUCACAAACUUGCCAAUUCAAGUCUCCUAUACCUCCACUAAUCGAGGAUGAAUAUAUCAACUAUAGGCAUACACCAGUCCUACACUUGAAAUGAAGGAAACAACAUGUCUGUGUGUGAUUUUGAGUGUAUACCUUUAUGUGACCACAGACAGCUAUUCUGCUGAACACUACUGAUGCAUUCUACACAUUUCACUUUUUUUUCCUUUUCUUAAAUAUUUUUGUUAAUUUAUGAAUCAGAAUGUGUCUGUCUCCCUCGAAGAAAAACAACAACAACAACAACAGCAAAACAAACAAAGGUAGCAUCUGUUACCAAAACCCUUAAGACUGUACUUAGCGUGCAGCAUCUUUUUAUGUACUAAAUAUGUAAACAUUUUUGUUUUCAAGUGCCAUAGCUAGUGUGAAGUGAAGCUGAAUGGCAUUACGGGGUAGAUGCUUUACUGUAUAAGUUGUUUACUUGAGAAGCAAUCAAAAAGUGGAAUUCAGAUGCAAGUGUGAAUAUUCAAACAACCAACUGUUUGUUGUUCAUGGAGAACGGGCUCUGAUUGACAGAACUUUAGCGCAUGUCCACAAUACAAGUAAAGCACAUGUAGCAAGGGAGGGUGGGGGCUUCUGUUAACUUGCCAACAGUCUGAGUGUGUGUAUGUGUGUUGUAUGUACUGUGUAUGUGAGUUGGGCUUUAAGACAGUAUAAGUGAAUGGUGAAUAGCACUUUGUGUGAUGGACUGAAUAUGUGCGCAUGUGCUUGUUUGAGUCGGGGAGGGGUUGAGUUUGAUGUGCGAGCAUUGUGAAAUGGACAUGUAAAGGUACUGAUUAAUCGAGACCUUAAAGUGUCUCCUCCAUGUUGUAUAUAUUAAGCGAAGGACUUAAGUGAUUUUUGUUAAAUUCUAUAUUUUAUGGCUUUUGUAGACAUUUCUUUGUGGGAUAAAAAAAAAAUAAAGAAAAUUUUAUGGA